CCCCAUUGAAACGGAUGGUGAAUGAUCUCGUCAAGUGGGAGAAUUGUCACGGGAGGCGAUUUUCUUCUCAUUAAACUACUUAAGAAGAAGAGUGUAACCUGCCCAUUUUGGCAGUUCAAACAAUUAUUGUAGUCCUGUACCCUCAGUAUCCGCUGCUGGCGCAUGGCCGCUUGGAAUUCCAAAAUAGACUCGCGGCCGUACCACACCCAUACAAAACGGCGUGGUCUCAGAACGAACCAUCCGAGUGACACCGCCUUGGCCUGCCGGACCUGACCACCACGUUCCUUAGAAACCGCAUCAUUCCCACCACCCAUUCUCACCACUCCCUCACCACCACCUCCAGGACGAGCUCAAAGACCGCAAGACCACCAGGAAACAAACAACAUAGCUACGCAAAUGAAUACGAACCUCUACCGCUGAGUGAUGGUGGGCCAGCUCGGGGAUCUGUCGCCAAAAGGCAGUAUAGCUAUCGGCAUACUCGUCGGCCUCAUCUCCACCAGCGUCCAAAGCCUCGGCCUAACCCUCCAACGCAAAUCGCACCUCCUCGAAGAUGAAAAAGCCCCCCACCUCACCCGCCGCCCCCCCCACCGCCGCCGCCGCUGGCAGCUCGGCAUGGGCAUGUUCAUCAUCUCCAACCUCCUCGGCAGCACAAUCCAGAUCACCACCCUCCCCCUCCCCGUCCUCUCCACCCUCCAGGCUUCCGGGCUGGUCUUCAACUCCAUCUGCGCGACCCUCAUCCUCGGCGAGCCGUUCACGCGCUGGUCGCUUGGGGGAACACUGCUAGUGUGCGCGGGGGCGGUGCUGAUUGCUAUCUUUGGGGCGAUUCCUGAGCCGGCGCAUAAUCUGGAUCAGCUCCUUGCGCUGCUGAAUCGCACGCCGUUCAUACUGUGGAUGCUGGGACAGGCGGCGUUGGUGGCCACCAUAACAGCCGUUGCUGCCUCUCUCGCGCGCUACUCCUCCCCGCGCGUGCGUCUCCUGCGUGGUCUGGCGUUUGGUUGCAUCUCCGGGAUCCUCUCAGCGCACUCCCUCCUCUUCGCUAAGAUCUCCGUCGAGCUGCUGGUGCGGACUAUAAUCGACCACAAGAACCAAUUCGACCGCUACCAAAGCUCGCUCAUCCUCGCCACCCUCGUUACCCUUGCGUUAGUACAGCUAUACUACCUCCACCACGGCCUCAAGCUUGUCUCGACUUCCGUGCUUUACCCGCUCGUGUUUUGCAUAUAUAAUAUCAUCGCUAUCCUAGAUGGGCUGAUCUACUUCCACCAAACCUCCCUCCUCACGCCACUCGCUGCCUCGCUCAUCGCAUUGGGGACACUCAUCCUCCUCUCCGGCGUCCUCGCCCUAUCCUGGCGCCUCUCAGACGAACAAUCCCCCCCACCUCCCCCCUCAGCCUUGACACCGGGUCUGGGCCUAAUAGACGACGAAGACACCGACUCCCCCCUCCCCACCCCCCGCACCCCCGACGAAGAAACCGCCCUCCUCCCAAACCACAACCACAAUCUUAACCACACCCACACCCCUUCCUCCCCCCUCCCCCGGGACUCCCCCUCCCCAACAACCGCAAAACUCGACACCCUCCUCUCCCACACCCUCACCGCCCGCACCGCCGAAACAGCAGCGAUAUGGGAAGAACUCCAGGACCGGGACACGCCGCGGCAUAGUCUCGAUUACGGGACUGCGGAGGGCGGCGGCGACGAAACGGCGGCGCGUCAGCGGAGGAGGAGACGCUCUACUGGGUUUAGGGGUUUCGUGCCGCGGGAUGCACCGCGCUCGACGGGUGGGAGGGGCGUGUUGGGACGGUUGUUUGGGCGAUGGGGACAGCGGCGACGGUCUGGUGCUGUUGCUGAGGAAGAGGAGGGGGAGGGGGGGACGUGGUGAUUUUUUUGAGAUGAGGGGGGAGUAUAUAUGCAGAUUUGGUGUUUGGGUAUCCAGCGGGAGGGGUGUAAUGGGUUGAUUGAUUGGUGGGUGGGUGGGAUUUGUUGGGAGUUUUUGGGUGUUCCUUUUUUUGUGUGUGUUCGUGUUUGUAUGUGUGGACCGCCCUGCCUAGAGAGAAAGGAGAGUAUGAGAGGAGAGGAGAGGAGGGGGAGAGUUGGAAAGAAUGGUGGAUGAAUGCAUGGUAGUUGGAUGGAUGGAUGGAUGGAUGGGUAGAAGAGAUGUGGUGUACCUACGACAUAGAUUGUAGCGGCGGUGGUUUUGUAUAUAAGCCGGCUAGUUGUGGUGAAUAAGGUGUAGAAAUGCCAUCUCCCCCCAUCUUUUUUUCAUCCUGACAUAUGGGGUGAGUUGAGUGCCUGC